GACUCACCCUCUGACAUACAGGAUGAACACCCUCCAGGCUCUCAUUCUCGUGGCUGCUGGCCUCUCUGUUGCCCACUCCUUGGACUACAAGGCGCUCACCCAGUUUCGGAGGAUGAUCCUGUGUGUGAUGCCUGAUAGCUGGCCUGUUUUUGACUACGCCGACUACGGCUGCUACUGUGGGAAAGGAGGCUCCGGCACACCUGUGGAUGAUCUGGAUAGGUGCUGCCAGGUGCACGAUCAGUGUUACAGCGAUGCCAUGCAGCAUCCUGAGUGCUGGCCCAUCCUUGACAAUCCUUACACCGAGUAUUAUGACUACAGCUGUGAUGAGAAGAACAAGAAGGUCACCUGUGGCAACAAAAACAACGAAUGCGAGAUGUUCAUCUGUGAGUGUGACAGGAAGGCCGCCGAGUGUUUCGCCAGGUCAGAUUGGAACCCCGAGCACGAGCACCUGCCCAGCGACCACUGUUAUUAAACACCAAGCAACUCUAUCAAAUAAGGAAUUUAUGCUUUAACAUGAUAUGCCUUCUUUUUUUUUUUUACUUUCCACAAGUGACAUUUGAGGAGCCUUUGCUCAUUAGAAAAAGAGUAUCAUGAUAUCUGUAUCUUAUCCUAUUCUAAUAAACUCAAUUUGA